AAACUAAAUUAAAACCCUUUUUCCAAUUAAGCCCUCCCUUCAUUCCAUUUUAUACCAAAACAAAUACUCCUAUUUCUGUAAAAACACAAUCAAUAUAUUCUUAAAUCGCCAAUAAGACCGCGCCAAAUAAUAAGAAAAAGUUAAAAUCGCCAAACUACCCUUUGCCCUAUCCAUUUCAAGUUCAGUUCCCCGCAAGCUUCUCAUAAAAAUUUCAAAUCCCCCGCUAUCAAAAUUCAACAAUUCAAAAAACCCUAUCUUCUCCUAUAAAAUCAUACACAAUCACUCAAUUUCGCAGCAACAGAAACCAAUUUCAUAAAUCUCCAAUCAAAUUCUAAGAAUCCCCCAAUUUCUAAUCCCUAAACAUGCCUGCUAUUCCAGAAGAGCCACUUCUAGCCCCAAACCCAGAUCGAUUCUGCAUGUUCCCAAUCCAAUACCCACAGAUAUGGGAAAUGUACAAGAAAGCCGAGGCCUCCUUUUGGACUGCAGAGGAGGUCGAUCUAUCUCAAGAUCUCCGCCAAUGGGAGGCCCUAACCUCCGAUGAGAAACACUUCAUAUCUCAUGUCCUUGCCUUCUUUGCCGCCUCUGAUGGCAUCGUUCUCGAAAAUCUUGCCGGUCGUUUUAUGAAGGAGGUCCAAGUCUCUGAGGCUCGUGCUUUCUAUGGCUUUCAAAUCGCGAUUGAGAAUAUUCACUCUGAGAUGUAUAGUCUUUUACUGGAGACUUAUAUCAAAGAUUCGACCGAGAAGAAUCGAUUAUUUCACGCGAUCGAGACCGUUCCUUGUGUGGCUAAAAAGGCUGAGUGGGCCUUGAGAUGGAUCGACGGAUCGGAGUCUUUCGCUGAGAGACUUGUCGCUUUUGCAUGCGUGGAGGGGAUAUUUUUCUCUGGAAGUUUUUGCGCCAUAUUUUGGCUAAAAAAGCGCGGGUUGAUGCCGGGAUUAACUUUCUCUAACGAGUUGAUCUCGCGAGACGAGGGUUUGCACUGCGAUUUCGCGUGCUUGCUCUACAGUUUGUUGAAGAAGAAGUUGAAUGAGGAGCGUGUGAAGGGAAUAGUGCGUGAUGCAGUGGAAAUUGAGAGGGAGUUUGUAUGCGACGCGCUUCCUUGCGCUUUGGUAGGGAUGAACCGAGAGCUGAUGAGCCAGUAUAUUGAGUUUGUGGCUGAUAGGUUGUUGGGUGCGCUUGGGUGCGGGAAGAUAUACAAUGUGACUAACCCUUUUGAUUGGAUGGAGCUGAUCUCAUUGCAAGGAAAGACUAAUUUCUUUGAAAAAAGAGUUGGUGAAUAUCAGAAGGCUUCGGUUAUGUCUAGCAUUAAUGGAGAUGGCGGGACCCAUGUCUUCAAGAUGGAUGAAGAUUUUUAAGGGGUUGAGGACUUUUUAGGGGUAAUUAUGUUGUAACAUUAUAAUAUAAGGUUGUUCUGUCUGGUGCUUUAUAUGAUAAAUGCCAAUUUUUUUUCAUUAUUACUCCA